UGUAUGCAUAUCUCAGUCUCUGUAAGUUCAAAGCUAGUUGUUGGAGAAUAAACAAAGUGAAGAAAGAUUCUUGACCGACCUUGCAAGACUCUUUUAAGCUUCUAAAGCUCUCUCUCUGCUACAUGUGAAAGAGAAUUUGUUCCGUUCGGUGGUUUUUAAGCGUUUUAUGUAUGUAUUAUGUGUAAAUGGACUCCAAAUGUUCAACGAUCUAUCAAUAGACAAUAGGGUGUGGCUUUCAGCACAAUAAUGGGUAUGUGAAAAAGCAGCUGCUGAAUCCGCAGCCAAAAUUUGCAGCUUAUGUCCACCCACGUGAACCAUCUGCAGAUUUAUCAAUUUCCUUUGUGUGCUUAAUUUCUUAUAUUGAUGCUAAUAUGAGCUGAAGAAUUCAAUCUGUCAAUUGCUGGAUUCCUAAGUAAUGAAGGACUCUGUAUUCACGGGGAGAAGAUUAGUGGUGUUCAUUUUUCUUGUCUGGGUGCCUAUGGAAGUCAUGGGUCAGACUGGAAAUGUUAGUAGUGUCUCUUCUUCAAGGCCUAGUGUUGUGAAUGUUGGAGCUUUGUUCACUUUCAAUUCGGUUAUUGGACGAUCCGUGAUGCCGGCGAUUGCAGCUGCAUUUGCUGAUGUCAAUUCUGAUUCGAGGGUUCUUGCCGGGACAAAAUUGAAUAUUAUUAAACAUGACACCAAUUGCAGUGGGUUUCUUGGAACUAUUGAAGCUUUGCAGCUGAUGGAGAAAGAUGUAGUCGUUGCAAUUGGCCCCCAGUCCUCUGGAAUAGCACAUGUUAUCUCCCAUGUUGCUAAUGAACUACAUGUACCACUCAUAUCAUUUAGUGCGACAGACCCCACUCUUUCUGCAUUGCAGUACCCAUAUUUUCUACGCACCACACAGAGUGACUAUUUCCAGAUGUAUGCAAUAGCUGAUUUGGUUCAAUUCUAUGGGUGGAGGGAGGUAGUUGCCAUCUUUGUAGACGAUGAUUAUGGUAGAAGCGGGAUUUCUGUAUUGGGUGACGCCCUUGCAAAGAAGCGCGCCAAGAUUUCUUACAAGGCUCCCUUUAGUCCCGGAUCCAACAAAAGUGAUAUCAUUGACUUGUUAGUUGGGAUAAACCUGGUGGAAUCUCGGGUUUAUGUUGUACAUGUAAAUCCUGACUCUGGUCUGACAAUAUUUUCUGUAGCAAAGAGUCUUGGAAUGAUGGCAAAUGGCUAUGUUUGGAUUGCGACAGAUUGGCUUCCUUCAGUUUUGGAUUCGUCAGAAUUAGUUGAUGCUGACACAAUGGGCCUCUUACAAGGGGUUAUUGCUCUUCGCCAUCACACUCCAGAUUCUGAUCUCAAAAAGAGAUUUACAUCUAGGUGGAGAACCAUAAAAGAUAAGGAAACCUCGAGCUUCAAUUCUUAUGCACUCUAUGCUUAUGACUCUGUUUGGCUAGUUGCCCAUGCCCUUGAUGCUUUCUUUAAUGAAGGUGGAAACAUCUCUUUCUCUAAUGACCCAAAGUUGCACGACACCAAGGGAAGUGCACUGCACUUAACAUCACUCCGUAUUUUUGAUGAAGGCCAAAAAUUGCUCCAGAAACUUAUUGCAGUUAACUUCACAGGUCUAAGUGGUCAGGUUCAAUUUGAUCCAGAGAAGAAUUUAGUUCGUCCCGCAUAUGAUGUGCUUAACAUUGGUGGAACAGGAUCACGCAGGAUAGGUUAUUGGUCAAAUUAUUCUGGUCUCUCUAUUGUUGCUCCAGAGAUCUUAUAUAAGAAGCCCCCAAACACUUCUGCCAGUAAUCAACAACUUUAUAGUGUAAUAUGGCCUGGUGAAACUACAAUACAGCCUCGGGGAUGGGUGUUCCCCAACAAUGGGAAACCGUUACAAAUUGCAGUGCCAUACCGAGUAAACUAUCCAGAAUAUGUAACUAAAGACAAUGACCCCCCAGGGGCGAGAGGAUACUGCAUUGAUGUCUUUGAAGCUGCAUUGAAAUUGUUGCCUUACCCUGUUGUCCACGAGUACAAACCGUAUGGAGAUGGUCAGAGAAACCCUGUCUACAGCAAGCUUGUGAAUGACGUUGCUGAAAAUAAAUAUGAUGCAGGUGUUGGGGAUAUUACAAUUACUACAAAUAGGACAAGGAUUGUGGACUUUACACAGCCUUACAUGGAAUCUGGACUUGUCAUAGUUGCUCCUGUCAAAGGGAGAAAGUCUAAUGCCUGGGCUUUCCUCAGGCCAUUUACGUGGGAAAUGUGGGGUGUAACUGCUGCCUUCUUUCUUUUAGUGGGAGCUGUUGUUUGGAUUCUUGAGCAUCGGAUGAACCAUGAAUUCCGUGGUCCACCAAGGCAGCAACUUAUGACAAUCUUUUGGUUUAGUUUCUCGACAAUGUUUUUUGCACACAAAGAGACCACUGUCAGCACCCUGGGACGCAUGGUGUUGCUCUUAUGGCUCUUUGUGGUUUUAAUUAUCAAUUCAAGCUACACAGCUAGUUUAACAUCAAUCCUGACGGUGCAGCAGCUGACAUCACAAAUUGAAGGGAUUGACAGUUUGAUUUCAAGUAACGUACCAAUUGGAGUUCAGGAUGGGUCAUUUGCAUAUAACUAUCUGAUUGAAGAACUCAACAUUGCACCGUCUAGACUCAAAUUCUUAAGAAACCAGGAUGAAUAUUUGACUGCCCUUAAUCAAGGUCCAAACGGUGGUGGUGUAGCUGCCAUUGUUGAUGAGCUUCCUUACAUUGAACUCUUCCUGGUCAACACCAAUUGCAAAUUUAAGAUUGUGGGACAGGAGUUUACAAAAAGCGGAUGGGGAUUUGCAUUCCAGAGGGAUUCUCCUCUUGCAGUGGACUUGUCAACUGCCAUUCUUCAACUCUCAGAGAAUGGUGAUCUCCAAAGAAUCCAUGAUAAAUGGCUAUUGAAGAGUCAAUGCUCGGCACAAACCAACCAAAUUGACCAAAACACUCUUGGUCUCACGAGCUUCUGGGGCCUAUUCCUUUUAUGUGGCGUUGCUUGUUUCAUUUCUCUUUCUGUGUUCUUCUGUAGGGUGUGCUUGCAGUACCGCAGGUAUCUUCCCGAGGAUGAGGAACAAGAGAUUGAGCGGCCUGAACCUGUAAGGUCUAGACGCACACUCCACGUAGGUAGCUUCAGGGACUUGAUUGAUUUUGUUGAUAAGAAAGAAGCUGAGAUCAAGCAGAAGCUCAGGCGGAAGACUAGCGAUUCCAGCAACAAACAAGAAGCUAGCCCGAGCUCUGAUGGGCAACCCAAUUCACCUUCCUAAGGAACAUUUGUUCUUGGGCUGCUGAUUUUUUUAUUUUUUUUUUGUAAUUUUAAACCAUUAGUCCUGCACUUGGGUGAGUAUAUAUGAUCAGUAUACAAAAACUUGUAUUAUAUGUUGCUAUGAUAUCAAAGGUUAGGCAGCUAGAAUGAAAAUGUCAUCUAUAUAUUCCUAUAUUACUCUCUGAAAAUCAAAUUAAACUUUUGAUUUUUAGUUUUUCAAUAAUCAAAACUUUUAGCUGAUUUUAAUUUUUAUUUA